CCAUCCCCCUCCCCCUGCUCCUCCCCCUCCCCCUCCUGGCACACAAUUCUCUCUUUCUCCUGUAGGAUUCAUCCCAACUAACUCGUGUCGACCUAUGUUCAACUAUAGCCAUAAACUUGCUAAAGCUACAGACAUCUGUGACUCAGAGCCACCUCUCAGGGGCUUUAGGGGUGACAGCCCUAAGGAUAUGAGCUCUAGGGGUACGGGCUUUAGGGGUGGUACUUUCUCUGAUAACUUCGCUGGUUCAAAGGAUUUUGAUCCAGGUAAGUUUUCCCAAGACCUCAACAACAUCGGCUCCUCUCCCAAAGCCCCUGAGCUGGCUGCUACUCAGAGGUCACCUUUACGCAGUCCUCCUAAACCACUUUCUGUCCCUCCUCUUGUCGCCUGUGAGUUUAGCUCUGAGCUUCCCCAGAGCCAUUCUUUUCACUUUGAAAGUGGCUCAGCCCACCGGAGCCCUAAUUACAGAAUGUCAGACAUGGCGUCACUUCGGUCAGCUCUCUCAUUAGAUUAUUCUGCGUGGGACUGCGUCCUAGAAGAGGCCGACUCACUGGAUGGAGGUUCUUUCGAAACGGAAACAGAUGAGGCAGCAGCAUAUACAGCAUGCGAGUUUUUAACAAGUAUGGAGACUCCCUCACAUGAGGAGUUUGUCAUCGGUGAUGAUGAAGGCCGGCAGAGUCCCGUGUCGUGGACUUCACUCUUUGCUCUACAGACUGAGGUAUUUGUCUUAUUUCUGCUUAAGUCUGUGGUCAGCUCACUUCACAGUUUACACCAGUGCUUCUCAAAGCAGUUGGUCAGAGAACAGUUCGUUCCCAGUCUAGCGGUUCAGGGCACGUGUCAGUGGGAGGCGGGACCAAACUCUCCUCUGCAUGUGGUGCUGGGGGUGUUCGUCAUGCUUUGUCGGUGA